GAUUUGCUUGGCGCCGCGACCUCAUGUGAGACACCUCCUGCGCGAGCCACUCCGACGUUACCUCUGCAGAGGAAAACGGCAAUGGAGCCCUGAAAAUUGUUCCUUUCUGUCUCAUUUGACCCUGGAAAAAAACAAUAAUAGUCGCAGUCAAAAAAAAAUAAAAAAAGCAACGCUGCUUUAUCUGCUAUUUAUUUGAGGCGUAACAGGGCGGCGCAACGAUGUGGAUCCAGGUUCGUACCAUAGACGGGAAGGAGACGCGAACCGUAGAGGAUCUUUCUAGACUGACCAAAAUUGAGUCUUUACGGUUGAAAAUACAAGACAUCUUCAAUGUAAGCCCGCAGCAGCAGCGCCUCUUCUACCGAGGGAAGCAGAUGGAAGAUGGCCAGACACUGUUCGACUACAACGUGGGUCUCAACGACAUCGUCCAGCUGCUGAUCCGCUCGCAGACCGACCCUCCAGACAGCCCCGCCGCCAAGGACUCCUCGGGUGUGGCCUGUAGUUCUGCUCCCGCAUCCGACUCCAGGUCCGAAAGCCACGACUCCCCGGCUCCCGUCUCCCCCCCUGCUAUGGAAACCUCCUCCAGUAUAGACAAUGACAACAGCAGCAGUGUCACCACCAGCACUGUUAUCGAAACCAAUCCAGACACCAGCACUACCAGUAACUCAACCAGUACCAAAAAUGGGUUCAAGUCCUCCAGUCCGGCACAGGACGCCCAGCCACCCACAUCCAGCAGGAACACACUAGUCGACCCAGGAAUCGGCGUGUACAAGAUUAACGAGCUGGUGGACUGCAGAGACGUCAGCAUCGGCGCCUGGUUCGAGGCCUGCGUCGAAAACGUUACGCGCGCUCCCAAAGAACAGAUAACGCCCCCCAAGGGCAAGGUGGGCCGGCCCCCGAAAAGGACUAAUGGAAAGCUGGAGGCCGAGCAGGUACAGACCCACGGCCCGGGUCAAACGGACAGUAAGAGGAAUAGUGUUGUGUUGAACUCGGAGAGCAAUGGAGCCUCCACCUCUCAGACAGACUCUACAGCAGCAGCAGCGGCGGCGGCAACGGACGGCAAGGACAGAGAAGAGGACGUAGUUUACCACAUUAAAUACGAAGACUACCCAGAGAACGGCGUCGUGGAGAUCCGACCGGUGCACGUGCGGCCACGUGCCCGGACCUUGCUGCGGUGGGACCAGCUCCAGGUGGGCAUGCACGUGAUGGUCAACUACAACAUGGAGACGCCCGACGAAAGAGGCUUCUGGUUUGACGCGGAGGUCGUGAACCUCAAUCAAACCUCCCGCACCAACAAGGAGCUCCGAGUCAAUAUCCUCCUGGGGGGUCCUGGAGAUGUAAUCGCAGAUUGUAAAGUUCAGUUUCUGGAUGAAAUCUACCAGGUGGAGAAACCAGGAGCUCGUGCACUAUCAGUUGCAGAUGGGCAGUUUAAACGGAAGAGCGGGCCCGAGUGCAAGCACUGCAAGGCCGACCCUGAAGCGGAGUGUCGAUUCUGCUCCUGCUGUGUGUGCGGUGGGAAGCAGGAUGCUCACAUGCAGCUGCUGUGCGAUGAGUGCAACAUGGCGUUCCACAUCUACUGCCUCAACCCACCUCUGGCCACCAUCCCAGACGACGAGGACUGGUACUGUCCAACCUGUAAGAACGACACCAGUGAGGUUGUCAAGGCGGGCGAGAAGCUCAAAGCCAGCAAGAAGAAAGCCAAAAUGCCUUCGGCAACAACCGAGAGUCAAAGGGACUGGGGAAAGGGUAUGGCCUGUGUGGGGCGUACUAAAGAAUGCACAAUUGUUCCUUCAAACCACUAUGGACCCAUACCUGGUGUUCCCGUGGGAACUACCUGGAAAUUCAGAGUACAGGUGAGCGAGGCAGGCGUUCACAGGCCGCACGUCGGCGGCAUCCACGGCCGCAGCAACGACGGCUCCUACUCGCUGGUGUUGGCUGGAGGCUUCGAGGAUGAAGUGGACCGGGGAGACGAGUUCACCUACACGGGCAGCGGGGGUCGUGACCUCUCAGGAAACAAACGGAUCGGGGAACACUCCUUCGACCAGACCCUGACCCACAUGAACAGGGCUUUGGCCUUAAACUGUGAUGCACCCCUGAAUGACAAAGACGGAGCGGAGUCCAGAAACUGGCGGGCAGGAAAACCAGUGAGGGUGGUGCGCAGCUCCAAAGGUCGACGUAUCAGCAAAUAUGCUCCUGAGGAAGGGAACCGCUACGAUGGUAUUUACAAGGUGGUGAAGUACUGGCCAGAGAUUGGAAAGUGUGGCUACUUGGUGUGGAGGUACCUGCUGAGACGGGAUGAUCUGGAACCUGCACCGUGGACCCCUGAAGGGCUGGAGAGGAUCAAAAAACUGGGUCUUGCAGUUCAGUUUUUAGACGAGACAAGCAGAAAAGAAGUUUUAAUCCAGUCGGGGCCGUCUGUGCUCACACCUCUCCCUGUGUGUCCGCAGUACCCGCCCGGCUACUUGGCGGCCAUGGCCAACAAAACAAAGAAAGAGGCCUGCGCUAGACCGGGCCGCGGUGGCAGGACUAAGCACUACCCUGGGAGGGGGCGGCCACGGAGACAACGCAAGAUCAAGGAAAAGGAGGAACUCGACGAGGAAGAGGAGGACGAGGACCUUGCGCUGGGCGAGAUGGAAGAGGAGCCGCCGCAAAGUAAUGGAGAGCAGAAGACAACCAGAGAUAGUGAAUCGUCAUCGGUUGAUGAGCCUCCCCCCAAACGGGUGAAGAUAGAGGAGGCGUUCCAGCUGUCAGAGCAGCAGCAGCAGUUGAUCCGAGAAGACACAGCCAACAAGAAACUCUGGGAUGAAGCCAUGGAAAACCUUAAAGAGGGGCCGAAUUUCCUGCGUAAGAUGGAGCAAAUCUUCAUGUGCGUGUGCUGCCAGGAGCUCGCCUUCCAGCCCAUCACCACCGUCUGCUCGCACAAUGUUUGCAAGACUUGUCUCCAGCGGUCGUUCCGAGCGAAGGUGUACACCUGCCCCGCCUGCCGCCACGACCUGGGCAAGGACUACAUCAUGACCCAAAACAAGACGCUUCAGUUGCUGCUUGACCAGUUCUUUCCCGGCUACAGCAAGGGCCGAUGAGGUCGAAAUCACGUUUAGAAGUAGGAUACACGCACAUAAGGAUCCAUUCUGUGCACCCCUCGUAUACCAUCAAGUACCUAGAGCUCCACUUUAAAAUGCAUUGCACACACAUACUGUACUUACCCACGGGCAAAUGCAUAUUGCAUAUACAGUACAGCCAUUUAUGUAUACAAUCAUUCACACACAAACAACCUCAGUAGGGACUGACCUCAUCCGUUGAACUUGGACUGUCUCCAUUAACAUCACCAGCCUGAAAUUCAACCAAGGACAUUUCGUUAACCUCCCUACUCCUGCCACACAAACGCGCACAAAAUCAAACGCACAAAAAAGAGUCCCAUCUCAUACUCCCACUUGCCAUCUUGAGAUAUUUUAUUUUUAGUUCUCCCUUUCACGCCGUUGUCCGUUAAUUGACAUUACAAAGCACGCGCGAGUGCAAAAUUUCCUUCCUGGCAAUAUCGUGAAAUCAGCCGUUUCAGAUUCCUGCCAACCUGUUUUCAUUUCGCGUACCAUGAAUGCAGUUUUUACACCGAAACACCGAGCUGGUCUGAGUUGGUCUGAUGUGGAGAGGUUAAAUUAAGACGGACAGAUAUCAACCUGCAAUGAAGCACACGAUUAUCUCAUGCCCUCGAAGCACUUUACUCUCACAUAUGCAGCAGGAUAGUUUUGUGGGUUAAUUGGGAGUUCUUGCUAGCGUCCUGCUAGGUGCUCGCUCGUGUCACUUGGAGUGACGCCACUGCCCUGCCUUGAGCUAACGAGCAAACGUCUCACCAGGGGUAGCUUUCUGCGUAUUGGCAGACAACAGAAAUUGGCAGCUGUGUCCACUUUGUUCGGAGCGUUGGAAGAUUUCCGGCUCCGGCGAAGCUCCGGCUUUACAUACAAAUACAGCGCACCAGCGAUCACGGAACACGAGCCUCUCCACGAGUCAGAAAACGUGUUCAAAGAAACAAAAGACUGUCGAGCAGACGAGGGGGGAAAAGAUGUCAGGAAUUAAGUUCUGUCUCGCUGUUUGGCUUCGUAAGUCGGAUGACAUUUACUAAGCAGCCCCCCGCUCAUUAGAUAAGUAUGAUAUUUCCCUUUAUCGACCCGGAGGAACGCUCCCAUUUAAUGCAGAAUUAAAGCUUUACCUGUAGCACCUCUGAACGCGCGAAAAUGUUAGAUGUGCCUGCAUGCGCGUUCAUUUCGGUGACAUCUAAAAAGGGCAGACUGUGGUUUGUCCCUGGUGUUACCAAGCAACCGCAAUCAAGCAGGACUUCCACACAAAGAUGGUUAGCAUAUAUUGUGCUGCCAUUGUUCUGCCUCUUGGACUCGCUACUGAGCUGUGGGCAGACGUGCUUCUUUUCAGAGAAGUAGUCUGAUGAGUCAUUGCGCACUCAGCUGGAUAGUUGUGGAUUAUUUAUCAAAUUACUUCCAAAAGAGAAAAAAAAAAUGGAGAUGGAUCUGCCUCGGCCCGAGCGUAACACAAAGCCGCUGAUUUCUUUUCUCUCCAAUUCGACGCGAGGCUCAGUGACACUGACAAAAUAUGCAACGUUACCUGGAGCACUGUAUAUAUACGGGAUAGAAAUCAAUCCAGGAAUUGAUCAGCUACUAUUAGGAGUACCAGUGGAAACACGUGUGAGAAAAGGCUUAAUAAUCACUACAACUGUUUUUUUUAAGGGUUUUGUUUAACAAAUGCAGUAACUUUUUUUUUUGCCGACAGGGUAUGACGUGGCACUCUGCCUCUUUUUUGCUCCUCACACAGACCUCUUCGCACGCACGCGAUCAAAGCCCACUCAGAUACGAUCGGCCAAUGCUAUCGGGACAAAAAUGGAAACCAGAACGUUUCCAAAAAUCUCAUCCCUUCCCUACAAAUCCAGCAUGUUUCUAUGCGGAUAUCUGUUAGUAGAGAUAAGAUAGAAGCUUUGUGUGCGACCAGUCUCAUAUUGUCAUAAAUUACGAUGCACCAGUUCCUACCCCAUAAAACAACAAGAGACUCGUUAGAGUGUCUUGUAGCACUUUCAGUACCCAAAGUUCGUACACGGCCAGUUUCCUAAUAUUGUUAUUAGAGGAAAUGUAUAUACCUUAAAGUAAGGUAUUUAAAAAAAAAAAAAAAAAGCUAAUACUGAAACUCAGAUAUCAUAUUGAUAUCAUAUUGACGCGUUUUAAAACAAUGCUCUGGCCUUAGCCUGCGGGGUAUUGUGAGAACGUUUCAGCAGUGUAAAAGGGUUUUCAGCUGUUCGCGUGUGACUUUAGAACAGAUUUCAGUAGUUUUUAUAAUACACACUUUCAUAAUGCUCUUCAUUACACUUACAAUGUGACGCAGCAUUGACUCAGAGUUACUGACACGGUGGGGUUUGCAUCAUGUCCUUCACUGAGCCCAACCGGUACAAGAGGAAAAGUUGUGACCCUUAUUGUCCCGUGCAUCCUCGCGUUCGAGAGAGACGCCUGUAAAUAUGAACAAAAAAAAAAGAAAAGAAAAAAAAAGAAAGAGCACUUUUACAAUUAACUGAGAAAGCUAACGGAAAUGAUUUUUGAGUCCCUGAAUUGUUGGCUGUGCUGGAUGUGAGCACUUAGUGACACAAGAAGUUGCUUCCAGAAAGACAGCAUCCUAUGAGAGCGGUUUAGAUUUUGGAUGUGCUGGAUAACAAUGAGGCCUGUUUACAUGCUGCAGCACACGUUUAUAAGGAUUAACACCCCGUGUGGCAGAAAGAGAUUUUUUUUUUUUUGUUCGUUUCUGGCUUCAUAUGGACGGAGAUUCCGGUUAAUCAGAUCUAACAAGCAAUGGUCCAUAGCCCAAAAUACAAAUGGCAGCUGUGGGCACGACUCAAACAAAAGCACGCAUGUGUGUGUUUUCCUUAGAUUCAGCAUACCAAAAGAUUUUCAGCUUUAACGCUCUUAAAACAGGUCCGAACAAAACUCGAGAUCAUUUCUUGGCUUAUUUAAAGCUACUUAUUUGGGGUAAAAGGACAAGUUGUUUACCCGUUCCCAAGGUAACUAUUGAGCAGGACUAGUUACCGGGAGAAUACGAUAUCGUUUUUUUAUGUGGAUAUUAAUCUGUGUUGGUAGUUAAUUGACGGAGAAAGUCAAUUAAAGUUGUCCCGCUCGCACAACCGUUGUUUCACUUCCUACAUAUACCAAGAUGCAUUGCAACCCACCCAGUUUAAUGCAACUAUGAUUUUGUGAGCCGAACAUGGCGUUACAUGAUAAAAAGUAACCACAGAGUGGUCAUCUGCCCCCUCGACCCCGCUGGUCUUUUCCGCUUUCCUCUGAUUCCCCCCAAAACUGAAAGGACAUUAAAAAAAAUUAGAUUGGAAGUCUACAAAGUGCUCUUUUAAUUCAUCCUUUGUGUAGUUGAGCAUCUGUUUUGGAAGAAUACGACCGUCAUUAUCUUAAAGAGAUUAUUUUCUUGCCUGUUUGGGCUUCGGUUAUCUUUGCGCGGUUUUUUCCUGCUACUGUCGCUGAUAAGACAUUGAUGACCGUAAAGGAUUGCUGCACACGGAUGCUUCAGAAAGCGUGUUUAGCACAGUACACAAUCAGAAAGUCCAUUUUUCCCGGAGUCAAAAAUGUGUUUUUACAGCGAGCGGCUGACAAAGAUUAGCAUCUCUCCCAGCGCUGAUGUGGUACUUGAAAAUGUCCAGGGUUGGCAGGUCUGAUAGGAAGCAAAACAAACAUCCCAUGGAGAGCGGCGGCGCGGCCUCUGCACCGAUCAGCGACGUGGACAGAGGGUCACCUGGAGCGCUCGAUUUUUCAAAUAACAGACCCCGAGUUGGGUUCGCGGGGGGGAAAAUGUAGCCCUCGUUCCGACGACAUUGUCACGUUUAAGUGUUAACGGCCCUCGAGGCAAAGCCAUGUUUUGAGACGAGGACGCCUUCAGCCGAUUUCAAGACGCUGCUGCACACAUCAGUUUGUCUCUGUUUGACGUUCAGAUCAGAGAAGAAAGCACCCGUUGUGUUAACCGACCGACGUUCCCUCCCCCCUUUCAUUGGCAGGCUGUUUGUUUGUUUGUUUGUUUGUGGUGAUGUCCUUGUUUCUGUUCAAUCAUUCAGGAUUUUUUUUUUUUUUUUUAUCAACAACAUGCAAGUACAAAUGCUACUAUGGUCUUUAAAGCUAACUGUGAUGUGCAUUACUUCCACUGUUGCUUAAACUUGUUCGGUUUAUUUUCUCCCUGCAUUGACUGGCAAGCUAAUAGCUCUCCUUUCUUUCUCUGCUGUGACCUUUGCUCCCUCCCCUCUCCUCCUUUCCGCUGUCUUCUGCCCUCCGUGAACCUACAGUACUAACAACUUUUAGACGUCUUGUGGACGCUUGGCUUCAGUGCUGUGUUGUUUUAUUUCGAUUGCACUCUGUUGAAGAAGAAAAAAAAAAAGUUUGAGAUGUCACGUUUAAUUUUCCUAGAAUGCUUACUACUAUCUAUGUCCGUACACCAUUUUUCUACCAUUUUAGUUGCUUCUCUUUUAAUCAUUAGUCAUUUUUACGUUGGCGACCUCAAGCAUUUGCAGCCAGUCUUUCAUCGCUUCAUAUUGUGAUCGAAAUUUUAUACAUGUCAUAAUAAUACUUGAUAUGUAACUAUUAAAUAUUUGGAUUCAAGAAAAAAA